ACCUUUUAAGUCUAAAGAGAUCAAAUGGGUUCUUCUUCUUUAGCUACUAACCUGCGCACGUUCUCAAUUCAACAUCAAUCAUCGUCGAAUCUUUCAUUUUCAUCAUCAAUCCAACGGUUGAUUCCAAUCAGAAUAAUUUCUUCAUUUCUUCGAUCAAACAAAGUAAACCUAAUUUCAACAAGCAGUAGUAGAAUUCAAAGACCUGCUAAGUGGAAACUACAGUCAUCAAUGGCGGGUACUGUUAAAUCUAGUAAAGAACAUCAUAAGAAAGAGAUAUUUGAGAAUGAAGAACUUUUAUCGAUUUCUUUAGCGAAAUAUAUAGCUGAUUUAUCUGAGAAAUUUGUUAAAGAAAGAGGUUCUUUUACUGUUACUCUCUCUGGUGGUUCUCUCAUCAAAUCUCUCAGGAAGUUGGCGGAAGCACCAUAUGUUGAUUCAAUUGAUUGGGCAAAAUGGCAUGUCCUAUGGCUAGACGAGAGAGUUGUUCCUAAGGAUCACGCUGAUAGUAAUUAUAAGCUUGCUUAUGAUGGGCUUCUGUCUAAGGUUCCUAUUCCUCCUGGUCAAGUUUAUGCUAUAAACGAUGCACUCUCUGCUGAAGGCGCCGCUGAUGAUUAUGAGACCUGCCUGAAGCAUUUGGUUAAUACCGGUAUCUUGGCUGUAUCAGCUGCUAGUGGGUUCCCAAAAUUUGAUCUCCAGUUGCUAGGGAUGGGCCCAGAUGGUCAUGUAGCAUCUCUAUUUCCUGGACAUCCUCUUCUUUAUGAGAAGGAACGAUGGGUUACCUUCAUUAAGGACUCGCCAAAACCUCCACCAGAGAGAAUUACUUUAACUUUCCCUGUGAUAAACUCGUCCGCAUAUAAUGCUAUUGUGCUGGUUGGAGCUGGUAAAUCUGCCAUAGUCGCGAAAGCAUGGGGUAAAGAUAAAAGCUCGGAUUUGCUUCCUGUUGAAAUGGUUACAGCUGAAGAUGAAUUUACCUGGUUUAUGGACAAAGAAGCGGCAUCAAAGCUGUAAAGAGAGUGAUCAGGUAUGACUACUGUAAUGUAAGCUGUAUAAGACUCGAGUGAAUGGAUUAUCAUCAAAUCUUCCGUCUAGGCCUGCAACUUUAUGAAAAUAAAUUCCUGACAUGCCAGGUGAUUCUAUAAUGCAUGUGGUAGUCAAAUGACUUAAUAAAGACUGUGUUUUAGUAAAGUUGUUUUUUUUUUUUUUUGUUUGUAAGUAAGAUAUUGCAUAAAACGAUUAGGACUCGAAAGGAGUCAUGGUUACAAAA